AUGAGGAUAUCUCAAGCAGCAGUGCUGGCGGUCGCCAGCCUUGUAUAUGCACAGAACGCAACGCAGGCCUCGAAUGCGUCCCACGCAGUGGUGCAGCUUCCAUCCGAGUGGCUAUACCUUCUGCCUCAACCUUUCAACAGCAGUAUCCGGUACUCGUGGUUAAACAGCACAACCACUGGCAACGACACGAUCAACAGAGCUCUGGAAGAGGCCAACCAGUCUCGGUUUGUAUCAUACUCGGACGAGUUCACGCAACUGGUAGGACCAAACCCAAAUGUCUCAACUAUCCAAUGCCCGCAAGGAGCACCUGAAUGUGCAUUCGAGGCUGGCGUCUGGCUUCCGGAUACAGAUGAGGUGUGGUUCACGUACCUCGAUUUCGACUAUCCAUAUAAUCAGAGCAUUACGUCUUUCAGUUUGAGAAACGGCUCAGCACAACAAGUCGUCACGGAUCCGCCUAUCCGGUACCCGCUUGGUGGCUACUACUUUUCCUACGACGGUCUCGUGUAUUUCACUGAAUACAACGCCGCCACUUCGCCCGCCACAAUCAUCACCGUAGACCCGAAGACACUCCAUGUGACUCCUAUUCUGAACUCGUAUCAGGGGAUUCCACUGGCUCCCUGCGACGAUGUUGUGGUCACUAGGGUCAACAACAAGGACUACAUAUUCCUCACCACCUUCUCCCUUCGGGACGUGCUCGGCUCGAAAUUCCCACGUCAACGUUACGACACUGCCGUCUGGCGUUUCGACCUCCACGAAAAGGUCCUUCAGCCCGUCAUCUCGGCCAACGAGAUCGUGGCGCCUAAUGGCAUCAGAGUCAGUCCAAAUGGUAGGACUUUAUAUGUGACCAACACAGCCAUUACGGAUCAGAGUAAGCUGGAAGACCAGGCGAGCAAUAUAACCAAGAGCAACUCGAUCUAUGAAUACGACUUGAACGACCAGGGCAAGCCAGUCAACGGACGACUGUUCGGACUGGUCAGAUCCGGCAUCGCCAAUGGUCUCCAUAUCGACAACGCCGGCCGCUCCUUCAACUACAUCCCCUUCCACCCCAUAGAUCAACCGCGGAUUGGGAACUUUGCGUUGGCAGGCAACAAGCUCGUCAUCGGCGCGGACACAUUUGUCGUCGUGUACGAGCUGGCUGAGAAGUUGGUGACGCCUGGAAACCUCUUGACAAAUUAG